UAUAUAUGAAUCAAAACCUUCAGACGAAAGAAAGUUUGUGCACUUUAUCAUGAUCUGAUCUCCUCUUUGUAUAUUCAAAUGCCCUCUUAAGUUAAUUUCUACACUACUUCUCAAUCUUUCCACGAGACAUUAACAAUGAAGCCAAAUACAUCCGGCGGCCGUCGAUAUCUCAUCGUUUUCUGCUUCGCCGUAAUCCUUUCCCUCUGCGUUCUUGCGGCGAUCAACGAACUAGAAUUCGACAGCCUAAAGAAGUUGGGAAAAUGCGCAUUUUCAAACCCCCCGCCGUCCGGCAAUUCUUCGACGACGAACGCCACAUUCGCCGCCGGCGGCGACGACGACGAGAUCCGAAUUCUCAUCGGAAUCCUGACCCGCCCGGACAGCUACGACAAGAGGCACUUUCUCCGGCUAAUCUACGGCACGCAGUCGCCGGCGCCGGGCGCGAGGAUCGACGUCAAGUUCGUGUUCUGCAACCUCACCAAGGACGACCAGAGAGUCCUGGUGGCGCUCGAAAUAAUGCGCUACGGCGACAUCAUUAUACUCGACUGCAAAGAAAACAUGGAUAACGGCAAGACCUACACCUACUUCUCAACCUUGCCGGAGCUUUUCCCCGGCGGCGACUCCUCCCCCUCCCCCUCCCCCUCCCCGCCGUACCAUUACGUGAUGAAGGCCGACGACGACACCUACCUCCGGCUGGAAAACUUGGUGGAGUCUUUGCGGCCAUUGCCGAGAAAAGAUUUGUACUUUGGCUACGUUAUCCCGUGCCCGAGCAUGGAUCCUUUCGUGCACUACAUGUCCGGCAUGGGGUAUUUGAUUUCUUGGGAUUUAGCAGAGUGGAUCAGAGAUUCUGAAAUCCCCAAGAAAAAUAUGGUCGGCCCUGAGGAUAAACUCUUAGGGGAGUGGCUCCGUGACGGCCGGCGAGCGAAGAACCGGUUCAACGGCAAGUGGUCAAUGUACAAUUUUCCGGAGCCGGCGACGCAGUGCACACACGAGCUUUGGCCGGAGACCAUUGCGGUUCAUUUGCUGAAGACCCAGGAGAAGUGGAUUCGGACUUUAGAGUAUUUUAAUGUCACUGUGAAUUUAAAGCCCUCUAAAUUAUAUCAUAUACCAUAGUAAUUAAUCACUUGUCAAUUUUAUUUUACACAAUUUUUUUUUGGUAAAAUUGUAUUGUAUUACUCCAAAAGUCCAAAUUCACGAUGAUAGUUACAAAAAAUUUGAUUUGAAA